AUGUUCUCCGUACGCUCCAUCGCCGCCCGUCGCGCGCCUUUCGUUUCCGUCAGCACUGUCCAACGCGCUGCUUUCUCACAGUCAAUAGUGCGCUGUGCGGGCAAGGAGACCAAGCUCCACACCGAGGGCCGCGCAGAUGAGGCGGAGCAGCUCAAACAGAAGCAGCUGAAGAACCAGAAGGAGGGCAAGCAGCACUGGGAGGAGGGUCUCGCCAGUGACAGCGAGAGCAUUAUCAAGGCUGACAGGAGCGAAACCAACGCCUCGACCGAGGACUCGAUCAAGAAGCUUCAAGAAGAGACCGCCAAGGUCGCCGGCAAGAAAUAG